AUGGCGGCUCGCCUUCGGAGCCGUUGUCAUGGAGACGGGACGCAAACACACACUGCCGGCGGCUGAAAGCGUCCCGCUGCUCAGCUUCUCAUCCAGGUAACAUCUCACCAACAUUCCUCUGAACCAGAGGAAGAGGAGGAGGAGGAAGAAGAGGAGCAUGGCGAGAGAAUCCAAGAGAGGUGGAGGAAGGACGGAGGAGGAGAGGCGGAUGCUCCUUCUGCAAAGAGCUCAGGCGGAGGAGGAGAUGGCCAAGAAGAAGGAGGAGACCCUCACCCUGUUUCUGAAGGACAAGCUGCAGAAGGAGGAGAAGAACACGGCGGGGAACCUGCUGAAGCUCAACGAAGGGUGGAGGUCGAUUCUCCGUCAAGGCCGAGCACGAGAGCUGCGAGGGGACAUGGAGGUUCUGAGACAGACGUUUGAGAGACAGCUGGACGGCCUGGACAGCUCCGUCAAGACGCUGCAGCGUGACCUGCAGGAGGCGGAGCUUCAGUGGGCCCAGGUGAGCCGGGUCCACCUGCAGCAGCUGGAGCGUCUGAGAUCUCUGCAGCACAAACGGGUGGAGUUGGUGAAGCAGCAGUGGGAGAACCUCCUACAGGAGCUACACUCCAGGUUCAUCUCAGAGAGGAGGCAGAUGACCUCCGCCUCGGCGAGGCGGCGGGCCGACCUGGAGGACGCCGGCCUCCCGCUGGAGCAGCAGCACCAGGAGCUGAUGGAGCAGAUCCAGGAUCUGUACAGAAGCAGCGUGAUGGCGCACCAGAUGUCCCACCAGCAGCGGAUUGCUCUGCUGCUGCAGGAGGAGGAGACCACCCAGGACCAGACCCCCCAGGACCAGACUCUCGCCCCGCAGCUGCAGGAGGAACAUCAGCAGCUGCUCAGGAUGAAGGACGUCACCGAGAAGAAGGCCAAGAACCUUCAGGACACCGCCAACCUCAUGUCUCGCCAGCUGAUCACCAGCGAGACAAGGAACCAGGCGUUGGAGCGGGAGCUGAGGGACGCCACCCAGAAGGUGACCUCCAGGACCCUGGAGCUCCGGGACCAGCUGACUCGGGGCGGCGGGGCGGCGAGGAGGCGUCUGACUCAGCUCGCCGUCCAGAGCGACGCCGCCGCCAUGAAGCUGAAGGCCGUCGUCGCCAAGGGCGAGAAGGUCCUCCGGGGGGCCGAGCUGUGCCGCAGGCUGGAGAGGGACCAGGAGGACCUACUGACGUCCCCUCCGGAGGAGACAGAGGGACCAGACGAGGAGACGUCGGCGCUGCAGGCGGUGACGCUGAGGACCAACGUGUCCGUCCUGAAGCUGGAGGCCCUGAGGACACAGCGGGACGCUCUGACCCGAGACAACCUGCAGCUGAAGCUGCUGCUGCAGCAGCGCCUGGACGCCCUGACGGUCAGCGACCCGGCGCCGCUUGCUGUGGGCGGGGCCCCGACCACCGCCGUCCUCCCGGAGGCCGGCAGGCGCCUCGCCCUCCGGCGCCACGUCGUCAUCGAGGGCGCGCACGCCGCCAGACGUCAUUAAACCUUCUAAACACUG